GACGCAGCCGAGCCCCAGACAAACAAACAAGGCCAGAACUAAAAGUGUGUUUGAAUGAGACGCCCGUAUCUAUCUUAAUGUGAUCAUUUAUUUGUUAGUGAUAUUAUGAGGGGUCUAGUGAUUUUGUGUCUUUUACUUGUAAUUCCGAUUUCAUACCAGAAAUCGACUCCAGAGAGUGACAGCUAUGUGGCGGCCGUGGUGGAGUUCAAGCUGACCAGAAACUCCUCGCAGGCGCUGAAGGAAUAUGUCCAUUACAUACGAAAGGCAGCUGAAAAGGAUGCGGACGUGGUGGUGUUCCCUGAGAUGACCCUGGUGAGGAAGUCUGAGUUCGUCAGGGUCCCCAUACACGGCCUGUUGCGGGAACACCCGGUACCAGCUCUGAGUCCAAACUUGUACGACGAGCCAUUAGUCGCUAUUUCAAAAGCGGCUCGAGACAACCAGAUUUACGUGGUGAUAAACGUGCAGGAACAGAUGGACUGCUCGGUCUACUGUCCAGGGGAGUACUGUCCCGAGAAGAAGACCUACCACUUCAACACGAACGUGGUGUUUGAUAGAACUGGGGCGGUUCUUGACAGAUACCGCAAGAUCAAUUUAUUCGGCGAGGCUACACGCUAUCCCGCCCUGGAGCCAGACUUCGGCUUGUUCCACACAGACUUCGGCGUGACCUUCGGCCACUUCAUCUGCUUCGACCUCAUGUUCCAGGUGCCGGCCAUCCAGCUCGUCCAGAAGUAUAACCUGACCGACGUCAUCUUCCCGACUAUGUGGUUUUCAGAGAUGCCGUUUUUGACUGCUGUUCAGAUCCAGGAAGCUUACGCGUACAUCAUGAACGUGAACUUCAUAGCCGCUAAUGCUAAUAAUGUACUCGUCGGUACCGCUGGUUCUGGCAUCUACUCAGGAAGAGCUGGUGCUUUGGUCAGCAUCAUGCCCGGCGUCCCAGCCACGAGGCUCUUGGUCGAAAGGGUCCCUAAAAUUCCAGGAAGGCUUUCAGGAACAUACCCAGGGCCGCUUUUUGACAAGCCCUCCGACACUGACGAUCUUUUACUCAAUAAAGAUAUAUCCUUGGCAAGCCGGGUCUCCAAGGAGCUGGUCCCAGGAUUUCAGGAGUUCACACUAACGGAGAAGGACGUCAGCUGCAAAUUCACUGUCAGGAUUAAGCAGACUAGCCAGGCCCACAAAUACCGUGCCUUCAUUCAAGACUCCAGCAACACGUACGCGAAGCGGCAGGUGGGAGUGGCCUCGUGUUCAGUGGUGGCUUGCAGAUACGAGGACGUGGUCAGCUGUCCGUACCGAUUCAGUCCUCAAGACGCAAAAUUGGAAUUUGAAGAACUUCAAAUAGAAAUGACGACCUACUCACAUCGCCAUAAUUCCACCUUGGAUUGUGACAACAUAGUUUACUUCCCAGUUUCUCUAAGAAUAAACAAAUUCCCUCUUGAUUCCCGUAACUUUACGUAUACGGAGUUAAAUCAAGAUGGCGUAAAUACUUUGGAUAAAAGUGGACGCGAAAAGAUAAUUUACAAAAUAAACGCUCCCCAAAAUGAUUUGAUUUCAUUCGGUGUGUGGGGGAGAAUUUACGAUAAAGAUGUUUCAGGGCCUACAGAAGUAACUGAAGAAGAUAGAAGUAAUUAUAUCCACAUAGAAAAUAUAAUAUACAAAGUUUCUGAAUCAAGGCACUAAGAAACCACUUAUUUCGUUAAGUUUGAGAACAACUUAUAACGUAAAUUCUUUCAAUUUCAAAACUUGGGUAAUUUAAGUGUAAAAAGUACAAUUAUUAUACCUACAAUAAUCCCAUUGAUUUAACAAGCAAUUAGUUUUGAUAUAAAAUUAACAGAAGAAAAGUAACGGGCAAACAUUUACUUCCAAGUUUUAAUUGAGGGAUGGUAAAAACACAAAUUAAAAAAAUUAUACCCAGAACCGCCUACGUACGCCUGUGAAAAAAAAAUGGUAAUUAAACAAGAGUGACAAUAUACUGAAAUUUGUUUUAAAAGUAUAAAAAGAAAGACUGUAAUUAGGUAUUUAGAUAAUUCAUAUACUUAAAUGUUAUAGAAUCUAGUCUACAUGAACAAAUGAUGAUCAAAAUAAGAUUAAUAAAUUGUAUACAAAUUAAA